AUGGCCGAUACAGAAUUCGAAGACGUCAUCGAAAGCAUCGGUGGCUUCGGCAGGUUCCAGAAGACAUUAUUAUGGCUUUACUUGGCACCGGUGUACCUGUUAGUUCCAGGAUACUUCUUUGGCCUCAUCUUUAUGUUGUCGGUGCCUGAACACUCUUGCGUUCUCCCGAGUGCUAUGAAGACCUUGAACCUAACAGAAAGCAAAGCUGCAUAUCUCCGGGACCUUGUAGUAAGCAGCGACAACUGCUACCUGUCCCUGUCCGCUUUCAACGCCAGCUUCAUUCAAGAUUACCUUCGAAAGGCUGAGGAUGAGAACCAAACAACGCCGGCAUUACGUGACAAGCGGAGGGUACCCUGUACGCAAUUUACGUACGACGACACAGACUACGCCAGCACCGCUGGAACGAAGUGGGACUUCGUGUGCGACCGGGAUCACUUGCCCAGCCUUGUGUUCACCAUGAGCAGCGUUGGUUGCACAGUCGGAGCUCUUCUAUUUGGCAUUCUGUCAGACAAGAUUGGCCGGAGGUACACCUUCUUUGCGCUCGUGCUCGUCGCUGCAGUGUUCGGAUUAUCUUCCAUCAUGCCGACACACUUCUUUGCAUUCAUCGUCCUGCGAGCCAUACACGCCAGCAUCGAGCCGCAAAUAUUUCAGCUGCCCCACAUCAUGCUUCUGGAGCUGGUGGGCCCCAGCGAGAGGACCCUGGUUCUGGGUGUUGUCUGCAUUGCCUGGACUCUUGGGCUCUGCCUCCUGCCGUUCGUGGCCUAUAUAGCGAGGUCUUGGUUCACUCUCGGCCUCAUAUACUCGGCCUGCGCUACAGCUAACUUGCUCUAUUAUAAAAUACUUCCAGAAUCUCCGCGCUGGCUCCUGUCCCAGAACCGAAUGAGCGAUGCAAUCGUCAUCCUGAAACGGAUUGCAAAAAGAAAUGGUGUCGAACCACCGGAGAAUCUGGCGUCUGACCUCGUGAAAGUGCAGAGGGAGCUGGCUCAAGAGACCGAGGCAGAAACGGCGUCGUCACGUGACUUGUUCACCAAGCCCGAGAUCCGCAAGAAUCUGCUCAUCAUUACUCUGUGCUGGGUAGCAAACAACGCCGCCUACUACGGUCUGCACAUCAACGUGACCAACAUGGCUGGAAACGAGUUCCUCAACUUCUUCCUUCUGGCGAUCAUUGAGCUUCCCAGCUACGUCGUCGCCUGGUGGACCAUGGAGCGGCUCGGACGUCGAUGGUCCAACGUCGGCUUUCAGCUGAUCGUGAGCGGCUCGUGCUUCGCUUCUUGCCUCGUUAAGCCGGGUACGUCAGUUAGUUGA